CAGAUUACCCUUCUUCUUUUCGGAGCUUUUCCGAAAUAUUAAACAUUACCACAUCGGUACAGAUCCGGUCGCAAAAAUCAGCGCCCACAUGCAUCGGUUGGAUCCGUCGCCAAAAAAAAAAAAAAAAUCGAUAUAUAUAUAGAUUAGGCCCGCUCGUUUGAAGCUUCCCGGGAGGCUUCCGCUUCCUUCUCGGAUUUUCGGAUCCUUCCACACCAGCCAAUUCCAAGUCUACCAUCGCAGUAGGAACGCUAGGGAGUAAGGGAGUAUCUAGAGUAAAACAUGGUUCACGUGUUAGAUAAGCACCUGCACAAGCGGGACGGGACUCAAACCUCGAUCUCGAUCUCGACUCUCAUUUUGCUUCUUCCCGCCGAUUGCGCCAACAACAUGGACAGAGGUGUCCAUAACCUUGCAUUAUUGCCCAUAUCACCUUUUCCCACGUAACUCGUGGCUUUAUUACUUCAAUGACACAGCAAUUGGUACAUAUCAUCGGGGCGGGAAUUGGAGGCCUGACACUCGGCCGCUGCCUGCUGAGGUACGGCAUCCCUGCCGUGCUCUACGAAAAAGCACCUGCGGUCGCAACUACGCGCCAUAACUACGGUAUCACGUUACACGCGUCCUCUUACCGCCCACUUCUCAACAUACUCGGUUUAGACGAAUUGUCGUUUAGGCGUCGCGUAGCCGUGGACGGACCUGUCGGCGGUAGCGGGAAGAUAGACCCCAAUCUGCUCGUUUGUCCCGGAACAGUAGAUUCGACGUCUUUUCGAGCGCAUCGGGAGAAACUCGAGGGAUUACUUCGCCAAGGCCUCGAUGUUCAAUGGGAGAAUGCCCUCGAAAAAGUGGAAGAAACUCCGUCAGGGAUGUUACUUUGUCUGCAAAAUAACCAGAGACUAGAGAGUGAAUGUAUAAUAGGCGUCGAUGGUCCGCACUCUAACACUCGCAAAUACCUCUCCCCCGAUACACCCCUCAACGUCCUUCCUUAUGUCGCAUUCAAUGGUAAGCGCCGUGUGGAGCGCGCGGUCUUCGACAAUGUAUACGCCCCGGCGAUGGGAGACUCAAAUAUUAUCGAAAUGAGACAGGGAGAUGUAGUCCUCCACGUAUCCGUCAAUGAACAACAAGGAAGCAUUGUGAAUAUCGGUUGGACAUUUUCGCGCCCGGCUCGAGGGACCACCGAUCCUCUCCAUAAGCCCAAUCGCCCUGUUUCAGGUGCGACAGAUAUCUCAGAGGAGUUUUUUGAAGAGAUCGCAGCCCUCCAGGGGUUGGAGCAACCCUUCAUGGAGAUAUUCGACGUCGAGAAGUUAAGAAUGGAACGGGUCCUGCAUUGGCUCAUGCGUACCGUGCUGGUAAGCCAUCAGGAGCUUUGCGCGUUUGCAGAAAAAGGCGUGUUUUUUAUGGGUGACUCCGUUCACGCGGAACCUAUCCUCGGAGGAGAGGGGGCCGCUCGAGCUAUUACGGAUGGAAUUGAACUGGCGAAGUGUAUCUCCCUAUACGGGCCAGGUGGUAUACGGGGAUGGUACGAUUCAAGGCACCCCAAGUGGGAGAAUGGCGUAAAGGAAAGCGAGAACACUAUUGCUGAAAUGCAUGGCAGUCCGAAAGUCGCUCAAUAGUUGCGAUUGUUCAGUUGAGCGGACGCCGUUUGCUCGAAACCCACUCACAACCCCAACCUCAAAAAGUACAUACAGAACCGCACACCUAACUUCAAUUGGAAAACAAUUAUUUCAUAUUUUUGCGUUUUUUUUUGUCAGCAC